CGAGCGACACGGCGAUGCCUGCCCUGCAUCACAUGGCCGGAGUAAAAGAGAAGGGCUUGUGAUGUAGGUGGGGUCACUGUCGACGAGGGGAGGGUGCGAAAGUAGUGAUCGAAGUGCUGCAGGCGAGGGCUGCGACCGGCUGUGCAGUCGCGAGAGGGAAGCGAGAGACGCGUCGGUUCCGCGCAGCAGCAGCGGUGGCCGGGGGAGGAAAUGCGCUAUCAGCCUGCGCAAUGACUGCGUAGAUUCACUUGUUGCUCUGUGCAGGGGUGCGCGGACAUAGACAUGAACGGUGAUGGCAGCGCGCCGCGUUACGUGUCCACCUUCAGGAUGUACAUCAAACCGCAGCGGGCAUCGUCCGCAGCAGGGACUGGACCAGGACCGGCUGAUACCAGGACCCCAGAGAACCUCGGUGACACAGAACACCUUCACCUCCCCCCCCGCGGACGCCUUGAGCCGCCCACGUUCGUGAAGCCGCUGGAGGACUGCUGCGUGGACGAGGGGAAGGACUUCACGCUGCACGGCGUGCUCCGUGGGAGUCAGCCCAUCACAGUGACGUGGUUGCACAAUGGUGAGGCGGCUCGUUUCGGGAAGCCGUCCUUCAGCGGCGGCGGCGCGCGCUUCACCGUGACCGAGUGUCUGCCGGAGGACGCCGGCGCCUACACGUGCCUGGCGGAGAACGGCGCGGGGAAGACCUCCUGCUGCGCCGCCGUGUACGUCAGAGACUAUGAAACCAUCUGUGGUCGUCAGAAUCACGUCCCCACGCUCGCCGCCGGCGUUGUGGAGAACGGAGGUCCACGGAGUCCCGGCGACGAGCCGGAGCGGCCCACGCGCUCCAGUCGCACCUGCAGCAGAGACUCGGUGACGUCACCGAGAGAAGUCAUCCCAAAGAAGAGAGCCAGCUCAGGCACAGGUCCCUCGCUGCUGUUCCAACGGGUUCCGCAGCACGUGGAGGUGCAGGCGGGGCAGCCUGCCAGACUGACCUGCUUUUUCUCCGCCAGCCCUCCGGUGGUGUCCUGUUGGAUCCGGAACAAAGAGCAGGUCGCCGACGGCGCCGAGCUGUGGACGGAGAGGUCCGACGGGAGCAGCGCGCUGGUGAUCGCGGAGACAGAACCCAAGCACGCGGGCGCCUACACGGUUGUGGUGCGCGACCGCCGCAGUUCGGCGCAGCAGACGUUCACGCUGUCGGUUCUGGACAGACCGCAGCCUCCGGCCUCCGGCCCCGUGCUCUCCUGCGUCUCGGCCUCCAGCCUGGUGCUGUCGUGGUCGGGUCCGUGCUACGACGGCGGCAGCGUCGUCCUGGGCUACGUGGUCGAGGCCCGGAAGCGGGGACGGACCGGGCCGGGGGACUGGAGCGAGCUCACGGCCCAGUGUAGGAGCACGUCGUACAGGGUGAGCUCUGGGCUGCAGCCGCGGGAGGAGUACUGCUUCAGGGUGAGGGCCUACAACGCGGUGGGAGUGAGCGAGCCGGGACCGGUGUCGCCCGUGGUCCGGAUGGAGCAGAAAGAUGCAGAGACAGUGGCGGAGGAGGAGGAGGCUCCUCAGGCCUAUAGCUGUGUCACCAUUGACUCCACCCACAAAGUCACAGAUCACUACAACUUGCACGAGAAGUUGGGGAUGGGAAAGUUUGGCCUGGUGUUCAAGCUGACGCACAAGGCGACGGGACGCGUUUGCGCCGGGAAGUUCUACAAAGGCCGACGCACCAAGGAGAGGGAGGCCGCGCGCAAGGAGAUCGAGCUGAUGAACUACCUCCACCACCCCAAGCUGGUGCAGUGCGUGGCCGCCUACGACCACAGGCCCGAGAUGGUCAUGGUCAUGGAGUUCAUCGCGGGCGGCGAGCUCUUCGAGCGCAUCGUGGACGACGGCUUCGAGCACACGGAGGCCGCCAGCGUGCGCUACGUGCAGCAGAUCCUGGAGGGCGUCGCCUUCAUGCACCAGCAGAGCAUCGUCCACCUGGACCUCAAGCCCGAAAACAUCGUGUGCGUCGACAGCACGGGCACCUCCGUGAAGAUCAUCGACUUCGGACUCGCCAGCAGGCUGGACGGCAACGCGCCCCUGAAGGUGAUGCACGGGACUCCGGAGUUCGUGGCACCUGAAGUGAUCAACUAUGAGCCCGUGGGCUUGGCCACCGACAUGUGGAGCAUUGGCGUCAUCUGCUACAUUUUACUCAGCGGGGAGUCUCCCUUCCAGGGAAACAGCGAUACAGAGACCCUGGCCUUGGUCACAGCUGCUCAGUGGGAGUUUGACGACGAGAGCUUCGACGAGAUAACGGACGAGGCCAAACAUUUCAUCAGCUCCCUGCUCAACAAGGAUCCCCGGCAGAGGAUGUCCUGUGAAAAAGCUCUUGCCCACUCCUGGAUGGCAGCCUUUGACUCCAAAGACCUUGCUGCCACCAAGUGUCUCUCCAAGGAGAAGAUGAAGAGGUUUCUGGCCAGACAGAAGUGGAAGAAAGCGGGGAAGGCCAUGCUGGCCCUGAAGAGAAUGGCUUUGCUUUCUAAGAGUGAGAGUGCGGUCUCUCCCACCACCACUGGAGAAGUCUCACCCCUGAGCCCAGAGGCAGAGAAGGCCCUGCAGUCUCUGGAGCUCAAGAUGCAGGGACCACCGCAGUUCACCCAGGUCCUUCAGAACCAGACGGUAGCUCAGGGAUCCAGUGCCUGUCUGUCAUGUCACCUCACAGGAUACCCUGACCCAGAGGUGGUGUGGAUCUGUGGCGAGCAACCGGUCAUAGAGUCGUCCGCGGUGCAGAUAGAGUAUGAGGAAGAUGGCCGCUGCACGCUCCUCCUCACCAAAGCUGGCCCUGAGGACACUGGUCUUUACACCUGUAGAGCCACCAAUGCCCACGGGGAAGCUUUCUGCUCCGCCACACUCACUGUUAAAGAGUAAAGUCUUUCUAGUAGAGGAGUUUCCAGUCCUGGGGCUCAGGGGCCACUGCUUUUCUGACUGAUGUAGGCAGAGCAAGAUAGUAGGAAAAGGACCAGGACGCUUUUGGUUUAUGUCAAUAUAUUCAAGUAAUUUAAUAUUCUUUGUUUUUAAGUUCACUUGUACUGUUCAUUUUUGCUUUAAUUCACAUUGGGUCAAACCAGUUCAUUUACUGUGGCUGGGAAUAUCUUGAGUGGUCGUUAUCACAAUACACUGUCUUACACAAAUUUCAACCCUUAUUUAACUUUCUUAAACUAUUUUAAAAUUCCUUUAAAACCCUGUCAAUAAAUUGAGAUAAAAACAAAGACAA